AUGCAGUUCAACGCCGCUUCCCCUACUUCUUCCUUCGCCGCCGCCUCUGCCAUUGGUGCCACUCGUAGCAACCUCAACUUCAACGCUGUCGACGUCGAUGGGUUCAAGGUCCCACAGCUUCCGCUCUCGUUCACAAGCCACCAGCCGAUUGAAAAGAUCAAAUUUACAAAGAUCCCAGGCUUGCUUUCCCCAACGGAGAGCGACGAACAGAAGAAUAUCGCUCCAGUUGUCGAGAGCGACCGCUUUCCCUCGCCAGGAGACUCCGGUGAUGAGGGCCACGUAUUCGAGGACGCCGAUACUCACCCUUCUCUCCAACCUGCAUCAUGGCGAGCAGCAAGAUCGGUGGCGCCUUCUCCAGCGCCUUCAAUACUCCCGCAAAUACACGAUGAUAUUGAGCGUCUCUACGCUCUCGAGGCGAAGCAGGCAGAGGAGAUCCGGAGUCUCGCGAAGGACCUCCUGGCAGAGGCAUACAACAUCUGCCUCUCAACGUCGGAAGAUCUCGCUGGUCAUUAUCGCCAGAAGAUCGCCGAGCUAUUGGGAGAGGGAGUGGAGAAGAGGGUCGUCGAGGAUGCCGAAGAAUUAAAGGAGAUAGGAAGGCUGCCAGAGAGACAGCCUGCAUGGGACUUCGGAUACUUCAAGGAGGCAAGGCCAUCUCGCGCCCCCACUAACCUCGCGACGCCAACGAGGACCAGCAUGCCGCCUCGGGCGUCCAUCCCUUCAAGAAAGCGCCUGCGGGAAGAGGAUAGCCUCGAGGACGUCCUCGAGGUUGAAAACUCCCUUUCACUUUCGAGGAACGCCUCGAUAGCCACCAUAUCGUCGACUGAAGCCUCUCCUGCCACCAAGAGGCCGCGGCUCGAUUCGUACGAGCCCACCAUCGACGAGAGCGAGGACGACGCCAUGCUGGGGCUCAUCUGGGGCCGGUACUUCCAGACUGCCGACCAUGAAAACGACGAUGAAGAAUACUCGCCCUCAGACGAGGAGAUGGACCUCGACGACUCCAGCGACUCCAGCAUCGACAUGGAGGCCGAGGCCGAGGAUCUUUCUAUCUUCGCCCUUACACGAGGCCUUCCCGACGACCUCGUGGGCUUCAUCGAAGAAGCCAUACUGUGCGAGGCCGAUCGCCUCGCCGAGGAGGCACCCACCGCCGUUCCUCCCAGCAGCCCACCUCCCGCCGCCUCAACGCCUUUCCCCAUCCACUCCUUCGGCACCGCCGAAGAACGCCCGCCAGUUCCCGCUCCCCGCCCCGUACCGCAGGUUCCCCGGCGUCUGCAGCGCUCAAACGAGCGCGUUACCAUCAACGAAGACGGCUCCAUCGAAGCCGUCGACUACACGCAGACGGAAGAGUAUGCGGCGCGGAUGGCCUGGGAGAGGCAUAUAUUCGUCGUUCACGGGCGGUCCGGCCGCGGCGGGCCUUGCGACCUCGCCGCCGACUUGCGAGAGAUCACCCAGGUGGGGCCGGGCGGGGAAUUAUUGAACUGCCAUAGGUGGCGCUAUCGGUUCGACGAGCAGGCGUGGAAGGACUUCGAGGUGCCAUCGUAG